CUCGUGGCCCCCGGGCCCAUCAACGGAGAUCGUUUGGGCUGUGAUCCACGAACUCGUUUCAAUGUUCCACCAAACACCAAGCAGUGGAUUGCCUUGCUGCAACGAGGAAAUUGUACUUUUAGAGAGAAAAUAUUGCGAGCAGCUUCACACAAUGCCACAGCGGUGGUCAUUUACAACAACGUGUCCAGUGAAGAGCCCGUCACUAUGACCCAUCAAGGAACUGGGGACAUUGUUGCUGUGAUGAUUACAGAGUCAAAGGUGAAGGAGAUCCUGAAUUACUUGGAGAAGAACAUUUCUGUCUUAAUGGCAAUAGCAGUCGGCGCUCGCGUUCCUCCAAAGAAUUUCAGUCGUGGCUCUCUGGUCUUUGUGUCAAUAUCAUUCAUCGUUUUGAUGAUCAUUUCUUCAGCAUGGUUAAUAUUUUACUUCAUCCAAAAGAUUAGGUACACAAGUGCACGUGACAGGAACCAGCGUCGCCUUGGAGAUGCCGCCAAGAAAGCCAUCGGCAAACUGGCAACCAGGACAGUAAAGAAGGGCGAUAAGGAAACAGACCCGGACUUUGAUCAUUGUGCUGUCUGCAUUGAGAGUUACAAGCAGAACGAUGUUGUCCGCAUUCUGCCAUGCAA